ACCGGGUGAUUUACCGAAACUGGUCGGACUACUCAACGUGGGAAUAAACCAUCGGUGAACGGCGAUCAAAAAAUAGUUUUUUUUAUUCAGUAUUAAUCUCCUCUGCUCGAGAACGGAUUACCAGCAUUAAAAGUGUGCGAUGUGGAAAAUUUGCAGUUAUACUGUAACAUAACAUCGACUCGGAUCUGAUUUUGGGAUUUUUUUUAUUUUUUUAAACAUCGUUGGGUCAGAAAACGCAACGGAAUACAGGAUGAUCUUCGCAAAUACGGCCAAUCCAUUAAGAACUCCGUAUCGAAAGCAGCCUCCUGUUGCUCCGCCCACUCUCCCCAUGGCUCCGUCCAGUCCGAGCACCAACAGCAGCACUAACAACAGCAGCAGCAGCAGCACAACUGGCUGGGAGCAACUCAGCAAAACAAACCUCUAUAUCCGCGGGUUACCACCUGGAACCACUGAUCAUGACCUGGUCAAACUUUGCCAGCCAUAUGGUAAAAUCGUGUCCACCAAAGCCAUUCUUGACAAGACUACAAACCAAUGCAAAGGCUAUGGGUUUGUGGAUUUUGACAGUCCUGUGUCAGCGCAAAAAGCCGUUGCAGCGCUAAAGACCAGCGGAGUUCAGGCUCAGAUGGCCAAGCAACAGGAGCAGGACCCGACUAACCUGUACCUGUCCAACCUUCCUGUGUCUAUGGAUGAGCAGGAGCUGGAGAACCUCCUCAAACCCUUUGGACAGGUUGUCUCCACCCGCAUCCUCCGCGACACUAACGGAGUGAGUCGGGGAGUGGGUUUUGCCAGGAUGGACUCUACAGAGAAGUGUGAUGCUGUGAUCUCUCACUUUAACGGGAAGUUCAUUAAGUCUUCUUCUGGAAUGCUGGGUGCAUCAGAGCCACUGCUGUGUAAGUUUGCUGACGGUGGGCAGAAGAAAAGACAGAGUCAGGUGAAAUACAUCCCCAAUGGCAGAACCUGGACACGAGAUGCAGAGGUGAGACUAAGCGGGAUGACCUUGACCUAUGACCCUAAUACUGCCCUUCAGAAUGGGUACUAUGCUACUCCUUACCAUAUGGGUAACCGGCUAAUGGCUCAACCAGGAGUGUCUCCAUACAUCUCUCCCAUCUCUUCUUACCAGAAUCCCUCAUGGAUGCCACAUCAGCCUUACAUCAUGCAGCACCCGGGAGCAGUUCUGUCGCCCUCUAUGGAGCAUCCUAUGUCACUGCAGCCCCUCAUGCAGCAGAUGGGCCAUCUCUCUCUAGGCGGCACUGCCACUUUUAUUCCUGCCAACACUGCAAUGCCUGGAGCUUACAUCCCUCAGUACACCCACAUCCAAUCUGCUGCCAUCCCUCCUGAGCAGGAAAAUGGUGUACAGCCACAAGAUGUGUCCUCUUCUGAUCCUUCAUCAUACCCUUUCCAACCCAACAAGCAAUAAAAAGGUUAAUUGUCUGAGGUCUGAGCCAGACACAAUCUGCAAAUGGUUACUGUGGUAACAGCUUUUUCUUUCUCUUAGAGGAAGUGACAUCAGAGAGGAAGUGAUGCUCAUGCACAGGUCCCAGAAAAUGUGUCCAUGAUUCAAUUGACUGAUAUGAGCAAUAGACAGGAAACCUUUACACCAUCUGUGGACAAAGAAGGGGGCAGAGAUUUAUUUUGCUAAAAAAAAAGAAAAAAGAAGAAAAAACAAAUGAGAUGAUGAAAAAUGCUUAUUUUUUACCAAGGACUAUUUACACAGACCAUGUCUGUGAAUAUUGUAGUGAGUGAUGGUGAGGACACCUUUCGAUGCAUGAUGGUGUUUUUUUUUUGUAUGGUUUUUAUUAAGUUUUUAUGGACUGUUUCUCAAACAGACAAGAAAAUAUUUUUUGCCGUUGCAGUCAAAAUUAAGAGGUUUCUGUUUGCUUUUGGUCUUCCACUCUUUGCCUUUUUAGAAGUAAAAUGUUUUACCUUUUAGGGUGGGGUUUAGAUUGACUGAUGCAAUGCUUGAUGGCUAUUGAUCCUUACACCUGACUCUAAAAACAAAGAUUUUCUUUUUUCUAAUUUUGCUCUGAAUCAAAGAUGUUUUGUUUCAGGGACUGCGUGUCUUUUGUGAACGAGUCUUUCUAUUGAAUAUAUAUGUAAAGUCUUUUGGUAGAUAUAGGAGUAAAUGAAGAUUUGGGUAGGCAGGGCUUAGUGGGAGGUGGGGCAUGAUGACUGUUUUGUUGAAGUGGGUGGGGUCAGACUAACUGAGGUAUGUGUGGGUGGAUCUGGGAGGGGCUAAUAAAAGGAAUGUCGUGGAUUUUGGGAAAGCUGUUCACACACUGAUUGUGAUUUUAUUUUUUUUCUUUACCAUUUUUUUUUAUUUUUUUACAACACUUCAGGAUUUUUCCAAGCAAGGCAGAAGUGCAAUGUUUCUUUUAUGUAGAAAGAAAUAAAUGCCCAAACUAAUAGAAAAUUUGUAACUUUUUAUACUUUGCAAGUCAGUUUUUAAAUAUCUACAUUUUCAGCUCUCUGUAAAUUCCUAAAAUAUUGGUUACAGCAUGCAUUAUGUGAAUUAAAUGCAAAUUAACAGAUACAUUUAGAAGAAAUGUUUCAUAAAAGAGACACCACAUUUCUGACUAAACAAUGUAUUUGGUCACUUUAAUUAAAUUUGACAAAACUAACAACAUACAAUUUCAACUAUGACACUUUUCACCAAAGACCUUUUCUGCCUACAGUUGAAGACUACCCAAUAGUUUGGACUACUGCAAUGACAGGGGAAUUGGUCAAAAUAAAUGGUUGUUUUGGAAAUUUGCUUCUUUUUUUUUUUUUUUUUUUUAACUCUUGGCUCUCAGCUUUAAUCUAGUUGUCAGAAAUGUGGACACAGGAACAUCUUCUAGCAGAAGGACGGAUUAUUUGAUCACAGGUUCAUAACAUGUUUCUAAGCAAGCCUUUCAUCUGUAAUACAGUUAGUUAAGCAGAAUUCUGUGUGUCUAUGUGUGAUUGUGUUUUUAGAUGUCCAGGUCAGCCUGGCCUUUGAACUACCUCGGAGUUGUAUCUGUUGUCUGAUUGGUCAGGUUGCAGGUCUAUCCUGUCCAGUCAGGUGUAAGAAUGCCAGCUCUGGAGCUGGUUUCAUACAGAAAUUCAUUUCAUGCUUUUAUUUGUCUUACUCCUAGAAAACAUCUUAGUUUUUGUAUCGGUAUGUCUUUCUGUUGAUUUUUGCAUUGUUUCUUUCAUUGCAUUGUGAUGUUUUGAGCUUGACUGUGUGGAGAAUUUCUUCAUGUUUUUGUUCAGUUUCUUCCUGAUAGAUCUUCCCGCAAAAGAGAGGCUUGUGUAUUUUUUUCAUCCUGCAUUUUGUGUUGAGUUUUUUCCAAUAAUCCACAAGAACUACCUUCUCUGGAAAUUUCUCAGUUUGCAGUAGCUUCUUCACAUUUAGAGGUCUGAUCUAAGCAACCAAAGUGUAAUUUUAUCAUGGUGACUAUUGUGGGUCAAAGAGGAGCACAUCAUAAUUUAAUUGGACAGAUAUGGUUUCUUUAUUUCUGCUGUCAAAAAAAGUUUCAGAACAGCAAAGUUUCACUCAUUGUAUCAGUACAGGACUGUUGAUAAAAUGCUGAAUUUUUUUUAAUUGAACACUUGCCACCAGCACGUCCUGAAUAAUAAUAAUAAUAAUGAUAUUGUGCUCCUUUUUUAUUUUUUUCUCAAAUUUUAUAUUUAAUUGUUUUGGUUUUUAUUUCUAUAUAUAUAUUUUUUUCUGUUAUGGAAAAAAAAACCUUUUGAAAUAAAAGAG